GUCCGCGACACGCUUGGAGAGCCACGGGACGCGGGCCGCGCUCAAUCCCGACAGUAGAUGGCAGCAGCCCAAGAAAGCUGAUCCCGUCGGGUUCACCACUACUCUGCCUCUCAGUUGUGCAGCAGCACUCGCACUGGAGGCAGCGGUGGUUUGAGGGACGUCCAAUGAAACAGAAGAGCCGCCAGCUGCUCCUUUCGACUUUUACGCGUAGCCUGUCCUCCGCACCCGGAGACAGCACGUUCUGAAACCGCCAUGGAAGACAAAUCCAAUUCGUUCUCGAGCAACAAAGAGGAGAAAGCGGAUGGGAAUAAUGUGUUCCAGAGACAAGACUCGAUCUUGAAGAACAGCAUGGGGAGCCAGAACAUGAAAGACCACGGCAACUCAGUGGGUGCAAAGGGGGACCGGGAAGAAACCAUGGUCGGGUUUGACGAUAUAGACGCCGCGUCCAGGCAAUACGGGUUUAUGCAGCGGCAAUUUGGAGCCAUGAUGCAGCCCGGCGUGAAUAAGUUCUCCUUGCGGAUGUUCGGGAGUCAGAAAGCCGUGGAGAAAGAGCAGGAGAGAGUGCAGACGGCUGGAUAUUGGAUCAUUCACCCCUAUAGUGAUUUUAGGUUCUACUGGGACUUGAUAAUGCUCAUCAUGAUGAUGGGAAAUCUAAUUAUCAUUCCUGUGGGAAUUACCUUCUUUUCCGAGCAAACCACCACCAGCUGGCUCAUCUUCAACGUGGCCUCAGACACCAUCUUCCUGGUGGACCUGGUCAUGAACUUCCGAACGGGAAUUGUGAAUGAGGAGAGCUCGGAGAUCAUCCUGGACCCAAAAGUCAUUAAGAUGAACUACCUAAAGAGUUGGUUCGUGGUAGACUUCCUGUCCUCCAUCCCGGUGGAUUAUAUCUUUCUAAUAGUGGAGAAAGGCUUCGAUUCGGAGGUCUACAAGACGGCCCGAGCGCUGCGUAUCGUACGCUUCACCAAAAUCCUCAGCUUGCUUCGUCUUCUCAGGCUUUCACGCCUCAUCAGAUACAUCCACCAGUGGGAGGAGAUUUUUCAUAUGACGUAUGACCUGGCAAGUGCAGUGGUAAGAAUCUUUAAUCUGAUUGGCAUGAUGUUGUUGCUGUGUCACUGGGACGGAUGCCUGCAGUUUCUGGUGCCUCUCCUGCAAGACUUCCCUCCUGACUGCUGGGUGUCGCUAAACGGUAUGGUUAACGACUCCUGGGGAAAGCAGUACUCUUACGCCCUAUUUAAGGCCAUGAGUCACAUGUUGUGCAUCGGGUACGGAGCCAGAGCGCCCGUCAGCAUGUCGGACCUUUGGAUCACCAUGCUAAGCAUGAUUGUGGGCGCCACCUGUUACGCCAUGUUCGUGGGUCACGCUACAGCUCUCAUCCAGUCUCUGGACUCGUCUCGACGGCAGUACCAGGAGAAGUACAAGCAAGUGGAGCAGUACAUGUCCUUCCACAAGCUGCCGGCUGACAUGCGGCAGAAAAUCCACGACUACUACGAGCAUCGCUACCAGGGAAAAAUCUUCGACGAGGACAGCAUCCUUAACGAACUCAAUGACCCGCUCAAAGAGGAAAUUGUGAACUUUAACUGCCGUAAGCUGGUGGCCACCAUGCCGCUGUUCGCGAACGCAGACCCUAACUUUGUGACAGGAAUGCUGAGCAAGCUAAAGUUCGAGGUCUUCCAGCCUAACGACUACAUCAUCCGUGAGGGGACCGUGGGUAAAAAGAUGUACUUCAUUCAGCACGGAGUGGCCAGCGUCAUCACCAAAUUCAACAAAGAGCUGAAACUCACCGACGGAUCCUACUUUGGAGAGAUCUGCCUGUUGACGAAAGGUCGUCGCACGGCUAGCGUUCGCGCCGACACCUACUGCCGACUUUUCUCACUGUCCGUGGACCAUUUCAACGAAGUCUUGGAGGAAUAUCCCAUGAUGCGGCGCGCCUUCGAAACCGUCGCUAUCGACCGCUUGGACCGCAUCGGGAAGAAGAACUCACUCCUGCUCCAGAAAUUCCAGAAGGAUCUGAACGCUGGCGUCUUCAACACUCAGGAGAACGAGCUGCUGAAGCAGAUCAUCCGGCAGGACCGAGAGAUGGUGAUGAUGGUGGAUCGGAAACAAUCGGUCACGGGGAUGAACUCCACGCCGAUGUCUGGAAACUCCAUCAUUAACUCUCCCGCCCAGCCACCGUUCACUACAGCGACUGCUAUUCUUGGGAACAACCAAUUACAGCAGCAGGCCGCCCCACUAAGCUACAGCACCUCUGCCACUAUAACCCCGUCAGGCCGCGUACCGCCCUCACAGGGCGUCACGUUUUCGGCGCCGAGCGUUUCUCACGGCAACUUGAGCACUUCUUCCCAGAAUCCUCCUACGCCCUUGCAGCAGCCGGUGGGGGCCAUCAUGUCACCUUGUUCGUUCACCACAUCCAUUUGCAGUCCCCCGGUGCAGACCCCUAUAGCCAGCCGAACAUUCCAGUACGGAUCGCCGACGGCCUCCCAACUGUCCCUUGUACAGCAGCCCUUACCCCAGCAGCCCUCGCCCGUCUCCAUACCGCAACAGCCACCGCAACAACAGCAAGGGGCGUCCCCUCAGAGGAGCGAUGUCCACAAGAGCACGCAGGCGCUCCAGUCGGGCAGUCUGAGCAAGGACAUACGCCACCUCUCUGCCUCGCAGCCGUCACUGCCCCACGAGACCUCAUUGGCUGCCCGGGCACAUCCCACAUCGGGCGAAUCGCUCGCUUCCAUCCAGCCACCCAUGGGAUCCGCGGCAGGCGUCCAGGCCCCGGGCUCCGUUCUGCAAAGCGGCAUCCGCACCAAUGUUCCACAGAGGGUUGCCCUUUUCCGGCAGAUGUCAUCGGGCGCAUUACCGCCGGUGCGCACGGCGCCCUCUAGUGCCCAGCACAGGGAUUCCACGGGCUCCAGGAGAGAGUCGGCAGUCUUAAGUAGUACAGAGACGGAACAAGACAAGAUGCGGUUCGCAUCGAAUUUAUGAUCCCGCUUUUACUUUUUUUCCAUGUUCAUUUUUUUAAAAGAUAUUUUGAUUGAUUUUUACGGAGAGACAAAAAAAUGGGGAAAAGACACUUAUUUUUUUUUCUCCAACUUCCUCUGAGAAAAAAAAAACCUCAUAGCUAUCCUGUACAGAAUUUCCUUGUACUAUAUUUUAGACACACUUCCCCUCCAACUUAAGAAUGUAUAUUAUACAAAUAAAUAUAUAUAAAUAUAUAUAUAUAUAUGUAUGUAUAUAUAUAUAUAUGUAUAUAUAUAUAUAUAUAUAUAUAUAUAUAUAUAUAUAUAUAUAUAUAUAUAUAGUGUGUGUGUGUGUGUGUUCAAAUCCAACUAGAAUAUUUGGCGUUGACCAUACAGGAAAGAAAAAAGAAACUCUAGUAUAAACGCAAGUCUUCCUCUCUAACAUAUGUGACUAUAACGUGUCUGAAGAUGUUUUUUUCUGUUGAUGUUUUUCCUUUACGGUUCGGAUUUUCCUUAUUGUUUUUGGUACUGGAAUGCUUUUGAAUGUGUUUUCGUUACCGUUUUUUUGUUCUCAACAAGAAGAUGACAAAACAAGUCCAGCAUUCAGCAGCUUCUGGCAUCACUGUGGAAAAUGUUUGCGCAAAUCAAACCUGGGAAAUACUGAAAUGUUUUAAAAGCACAUCUAAAACUUUUAGCGGCUGGAAAAAAAAAAAAAAUGCUCGGAGCAUCAGAUCAAGGUGCAGUUUCGAUCGCUGCAAUACUUUGUGUUGUGCAGUAAUUGCGUUGCGUUUCAAGACAGCAUUUGUGCAUUAAAGGGAAUCAAUGUGUUUUGUUUUAUUUUACUUUAUUUUUACAAAGGAUGUGUGGUCAAAUCGGAUGGUUUUAUUUUCUAUAUCUGAUUUCAGAAUGAGAUGGACAUUAUGAAAUGUCACUUAAAGACUGUACAUUUACAAUAUUUAUAAAACUAAAGAUUAUCACCAUUAUGCAAUAGACUGUGAUAUAAAGAUUACCUAUAUGUGUGUUGUACAUAGUUUUGUAGAACUAGUAUUUACAAAAGUAAUGUGUGGUGCAUUUCUCAAACAUGGCAAUGUCUUAUCUCUGUCAGCCGCCUGGGUAAUGCCUAUAUAUGCAUAUAUAUAUAAAUAUAUAUAUUCAAAUGGUAAUAUGUGACAACAAGCAUCAGAAACAUUCAUUAGAGAUAAGAAAACCUUAAUGCAAAUAGAAGCAUUACACUGUAGGUAGUAGUAAAGACAAUAUCUGUAUUCCAAAAUAUCACGCUGGUCAACGAUAGGUACAAGAUGAGUUAUUACACCGGCAUGACACCACUGCGGUGGGGGAGGGGGGUAUGCAUCUUCAUCAUCAUCAUCAUCAGCAGCAGCAGCAGCAAGGCUUAAUGCAUUUUGCCUAUUUUACAUCAUUAUUUUAGAAUAUUGAUUUGAUCAUUUCCUGGCGUAAUGUAACAAGGAAGCCAUAGGCUGCCUGCAUACAUCGAAAGAUGCUUUGAUUUAUAAUAGUUUCAUAUGUUUUUGGUGGGUUUUUUUCCGCAUGGAUCAGUAUUAAUGGAUGUACAAACUUCGUAAUAUUACAUAAACAUAGAUGUUCUGGGUAUGCACUUUCCAUUGUUUUUGCAUUUCAAGACUGUGAAAAACAUUCUAACUUAACAUUUAUUUAUGUAUUUAAUACUAACGCUCUGCUAGAUUUACGAAAACACCUCAACCUUUAAGUCUAAGUUAUGAAACAUAAAAAUAUGUAAACUCGUGGCACAGCAGACACAAUUAUGAAAACGGCCAGCAGAACUAUUCUGUAUGUUUUUAAGGGCAACUACGUGAAUCCAACAAUGCAUAGAUGAACAAAUAUAGACGUUUAAAGAAAAGCUGCUUUGCAUUAAGGUUUUUAUCUCUCCCGUACGUCGAUUCAUUCAGUUUGGGGCUUAAGACUUUGAAAUAGCAUGUCAGUCAUCCAUAUUGGUGGUAAAACAGAUUUUACUAGGGGUAACUAGCAACAUUCACCCCCAUCUAUUUUGAAGUUAUCCUUUCAAUACCGCUACCAAAAGUCGGUAAAAUAACGCAAAAACUCAUCUGACCUGUGCAAAGUCUCCAAGCCCCCUAGCACAAUGUUAAAAAGACGACAAUAUUCCAACAACGAAAAAAAGACAAAAAAAAAACCCACUUGUGUCAGUACUGUACCAGUGCAAAUCCCAUACAGCGACCAUAAACGCAUGCAUUGUCACGGAUACUUAAAAAGAGGAACUAUUUUAAAAAAAACGUUGACGUUUAAAUGUAUUGUGAAUUUUUUUUUUUGUUCAUUGUCUGCCUAGACGUUCUCUGUGUGUAUCAGAAACAUUGAAUUUUCACGAAAAAGGACAUUCUUAAGUAUUUGUGCCUAAACUAUAGCCAUGUUUCAUCCUGUUCAUUUUAUGAGUGUGACUCGUGUGUGCGCGCAAGCUCGCGCACACGUGUAUGUAAACGAGUGUAUACGUGUAUGUUCGAUGUUUUCCGAUGAGAACAAAAAGCAAUGGGAAUGGCCAAACGCAUCGGAGCAAAAGGAUGAGAUUUGCUCGACCGUGUGCGAUUAACGUACUAGCAAAAGUGUAUCUAUUCGCAAACAAAUCAGUAUCGGCUGGAGUCACGACGGAGCGUCGGUUAAAUGUGUGUGGAACUUAACUGUAUAGCCACUGACGUUGGGUUUGACGGAACGAAACUGGCCAAAGUGAAACAUUUCAAACUAACUUUCAUUGUGAAUUGCACUUUCUGUUUAAAGAGAGAGAGAGAGAGAGAGAGAGAGACCUAAAAGCAGAAACACAUGCAUUAGUUGGUUAAUUAAAGGGGUUGCUGAGCCCGGUCUCACGAAAUAAAUAGUACACCAAAUGAAAACUUGAUACGUCAAAGGGGACUUUGGCUUACAUAUGAUACAAACGUGUUUGGCGUGCAUAUAAUACGCAGUUUUUUGUGUGCAUAUGAUACGGAAUUUGUUGUCGUGCAUAUGAUAAGCAAUUUUCGCGUACACAUGAUACCCCGCAAGCCUGAUCCUACCCAUCGCAUAGCAUAUACACGCCAAAGUCCGGUUUUGCAUAUCAAUGCUCUCGUUUUUAUUUGGCGUACAAUUUAUACCCACGUUCAUGAGAUCUGAUAGGUGCGCUAUAUCAUCCCGAAACACAGCCUGUGGCGUCUAGGCCGACGGAAGGACCUGUGUGUUCAAACGCAACAAAAAGCGCUUAACUCCUGCAAUGCCAUAGUGUAUAAAAACUAGUGUACAGAUAGGACGGUCAGCGGUACUCUGGGUAUCUACUUUUUUUUGAUACUGUACUUGCCUUCGGAGGGGAACGCUUCCCGUGUUAAUGUGCUUUUUCCUCUCAGCUUUAAACUCUGUUAGAAUUGCGGAUUAGGAAGGAGAGGCGUUCAUACAACAAUACACAUUAAAAAAAAAAAAAAAAAAAAAAAAAAAAAAAAAAAGAAUGCUGUCACUUUCCGAAAAGGCGUUUAAGAAAACCAGCACAUAUUUUCUUAUGUCUGUUUGUUUUGUUUUUUUUAUUAUUUGUUUUUAUCAUACAUGUGUUUAUGUGAUGGGAAAUGAACAAUGCAAAGGAAAAAGGAGGAGUGACGGUUAAAUAAAGGGAAAACCAAAACGGUUGGUUUGCAGCCUCCACGAUUCAGGUGAAAUCAUUUUGUUUGAUAUGUUCAAUGAUGUGAUGCAAAUGAUGGAAAAUACUAGAACAGGCCUCAAGCUCUUCUUAAUCUCAGCUAUUUUAUUUUUUUUUCCAUUACGCUUGUUCAUGUACACCAAUGCUUGGUUUAAAAAAUAAAAAAAGAAUAAAAAAAUGGGGAAAAAUCAUUCAAUAAAUAUACAUGAACAAUUAGUUACUUGAUCCUGAAUAAAGAAAGAUAAAUGUAUACUUUCUUACACCUAUAUGCAGACAAACGGUGUUUGUCAAAAAAUUAUUUUGAUUUUCAUUUUUUUUUGUUUUAUUUUGUUUCUUUGUAAAUAAUAAACCUUUAAAAUAUAGAGAAAAAAUAAAAGAAAUAUUGCCAUUUAC